CGGUCGUCCUGCGAGAGCACUCACGCAGGGCCGGGUCACAGAGGCCGGGUCACAGAGGCUGGAUCACAGAGGCCGGGUCACAGAGGCCGGGUCACAGAGGCUGGAUCACAGAGGCUGGGUCACAGAGGCCGGGUCUCAGAUGCUGGAUCACAGAGGCUGGAUCACAGAGGCUGGAUCACAGAGGCUGGGUCACAGAGGCUGGAUCACAGAGGCUGGAUCACAGAGGCUGGAUCACAGAGGCUGGGUCACAGAGGCUGGGUCACAGAGGCUGGAUCACAGAGGCUGGAUCACAGAGGCUGGGUCACAGAGGCUGGGUCACAGAGGGCGGCAGCGCAGUGGUGCUAG